AGGCGGGGUAGGGGCGCGGGAGGUGGAAGGGAGCGGACCGCGAGGGGAGAGGGCGGGCGUGAGCACCAGCGGCGCGGCGGGGGUGGCUUCCGCGGGAUCGGAGCGCAAGCCAGCGCCACCGCCCUUUGGGACCCCGGAACGCCAGCUCGCCCAGAGCGCAGAUUCCCUUCUUCCGGCAACUGUGGCGCUGGGUCCCUCGGUGCCAGCGUCCCCUCUUCAUCCCCGGCGCUGCCCUUCCUCCACUCCGUCCCGGCCCCGCGCCCAGUAGCUAGCUCCUCAGUGGUCGCCGCCCGCACCGCCCGGCCCCGAGCCGCCGCUUUGCCCGCUCGCCUGGGCACGCUGCGAGAGAGGCGCGCGUCGCCAGCUCGGGCUCUUCGGUCCCACUCCGCAGCCGCCCGCUCCGCUCGCGGGCAGCAGUGCUCCACGUCACAGGAACUGAGGCAGGACCCCGACAGGACCAGCGCGCGGGUCUGGAGCCGGAGCCCCCAGCCCUACCAGUCGCUCGUCCUGCGCCCAGCCCCGGCCCCCGACGGCUGCGCGUUGAGAUGACUUUUCGCUAUCUCCUGAACGUCAGUUUCGAGGGACCCUGCUCAGACAGCAGCGCCGGGAGCUCCAGCGCGGGCGGUGGCGGGGGUGGCGCGGGCGGCGCGGCCGCCUCCGAGGGCCGGGCGGUGGACGGCGUGCGGGUGACCGCAGGCGGUAGCAGCGGCGGCGGCGUGGUGGGCGCGGGCAACGGCGAGGACAACCGGAGCUCCGCUGGGGAGCCGGGGAGCACUGGCGCCGGCGGCGAGGUGAACGGCACGGCCGCCGUCGGGGGGCUGGUGGUGAGUGCGCAGGGCGUGGGCGUGGGCGUCUUCCUGGCUGCCUUCAUCCUCACGGCCGUGGCGGGCAACCUGAUGGUCAUCCUCUCCGUGGCCUGCAACCGCCACCUGCAGACGGUCACAAACUAUUUCAUUGUGAACCUGGCCGUGGCCGACCUGCUGCUGAGCACCACAGUGCUCCCCUUCUCGGCCACCAUGGAGGUUCUGGGCUUCUGGGCCUUCGGCCGGGCCUUCUGCGACGUGUGGGCCGCCGUGGAUGUGCUGUGCUGCACGGCCUCCAUCCUCAGCCUCUGCACAAUCUCGGUGGACCGGUACGUGGGCGUGCGCCACUCGCUCAAGUACCCGGCAAUCAUGACCGAGCGCAAGGCGGCCGCCAUCCUGGCGCUGCUCUGGGCCGUAGCCCUCGUGGUGUCUGUGGGGCCGCUGCUGGGCUGGAAGGAGCCGGUGCCCCCUGACGAGCGCUUCUGCGGCAUCACGGAGGAGGCAGGAUACGCUGUUUUCUCCUCCCUGUGCUCUUUCUACCUGCCUAUGGCCGUCAUUGUGGUCAUGUACUGCCGCGUGUAUGUGGUAGCGCGAAGCACCACGCGCAGCCUGGAGGCGGGAGUCAAGCGCGAGCGGGGCAAGGCCUCAGAGGUGGUGCUGCGCAUCCACUGUCGCGGCGCAAGCACUGGCUCAGACGGAGCCCACGGUGGGAUGCGCAGCGCCAAGGGCCACACCUUCCGCAGCUCACUGUCAGUGCGUCUGCUCAAGUUCUCCCGUGAGAAGAAGGCGGCCAAGACGCUGGCCAUCGUCGUGGGCGUCUUCGUGCUCUGCUGGUUCCCCUUUUUCUUCGUUCUGCCACUGGGCUCCCUGUUCCCACAGCUGAAGCCCUCAGAGGGCGUCUUCAAGGUUAUCUUCUGGCUGGGCUACUUCAACAGUUGCGUGAACCCGCUCAUCUACCCUUGCUCCAGCCGGGAGUUCAAGCGGGCCUUCCUCCGCCUCCUGCGCUGCCAAUGCCAUCGUAGUCGCCAGCACCACCGCCCCCUCUGGAGCAUCUACAGUCACCACUGGCAAGCCUCGAAUGGCGGCCCGCGCCCUGACUACGCUCCUGGCCCAGGCGCCGCACCCUCCGGGGCCCUGCUGGCCCUCACCACGCCCUCAGCCCCCGGCUCCCCAGGCACACGCAAGGCGCAGGCUCCGGUCGUCGGCCGUCGAAAGCCGCCCUGCGCCUUUCGCAAGUGGAGGCUUCUCGGGCCGUUCCGGAAACCCACCACCCCGCUGCAUGCCAAGGUCUCCAGCCUGUCGCAAAAGAAACACGCCAGAGAGGCUGCGUGCGCCCUGCACUUGGAGGUGGAAGCUGUGUGCUUAGGCGUCCGCAGUGAGGCAGCUGAGGGCACUACCUGCCAGGCCUACGAAUUGGCAAACUCUAGCCUUCUCCGGGAGACUGAUAUUUAAGGACCCCUGAGUUAGGCCGAGGAGUGUGCUGGGGGUGGGAGAAGGGUGUGGAGAUGGAGGCUGGCUUUGUUCAAGAGGCCGGUGAGAAUCAAGGACCCAGAAAUCGAUCAGGGCGACUGCUCUCCAGAAUCCCCGAGGAACUGAGGUGUGGGUGAAGCCCCUGAAGGGCAGAAAGUUAUGGGCUCCCCCUCCUGGACACAGAUGCCCCCAGCUCCUCCUUUCAAGGGAGAGGCUGAGGGCUCCUUGGGGCCAUUUGUUUCCAAUCCCUGUUUGAGAAACACUGCCCCAUCCAUGCCUUGAACCCUGGGUAGAUGGCCCCAAGUAUGGCCAGGCAGCCCUGUCCCUCCUCUUGGGGAGGAAAGGGCACAGAGGCCCUGCCUGGCUGCCGCCAAUGCCUCCCCUCCAGAAAAAGUCAGUGGGACCAAAGCUUCUCAAUGGACACAAUUUAUCCUUACUGCAGACUGGAGGAAUCCAGUGGCCUGCCAUUGCCACCCACAAGCUUUGGUGGCAGAUUGGACGACUGUCCUACAAGCCUGUUGUAUUAACCUGUGGGCCCACUUUGCCCUACUGAGGCUCCGCCCUGCCCCUCACUUUGUCUCCCCAAAGGCCUUACUGUUUACACUGUAUAUAGCUCCUUGUGCCUGUGCCCAUCACUUCUUGCUGGGCUCUGGAACCAUCAAAUGGGGAGAACUUUGUCAUUUUUAGACAUAUUUAUUGGUCAGAGUACUUCUAUUUUGUCCAAACUGUGCAAACUGUUCAUCUUCAGCUUACAACCCAUAAAGAACUACUUUUUGUUUUUCUAAAAUCCUUCAAGUACUAAAGGCCCACAAGAGGAUAAAUUGGGUCUGUGUUCACCUUUCUAGUUUCAACCUGUCUCUUUAACUGAUGGCUGCUGUCCUUUGGGACUUUCAGCAUAACCAAAAGAUUCGGGCAUUUUGUUGGCUUUUAAAACUCACAUGAUUAGUCUUGGGAACAAACAGUAAUUAUAAGCACAAAGUUUCGCUUUUUCAGUCUCACCAGAUAUAUCUGUGAUGCUCUGAGGGCCUCAGUCUGGAAGGUGGCCAUCAGUUAAAUGGGUGAAACAUUACUUUACAUGAAAAAAUGUACAAGCCCAAGUAGACAGGUAUACAUGGUGAGAGAACACCUACUUAGGAACCAUGCUUAUUGGCUUUGAGUAAAAUGUCCAACACUUGUCAUGUUCCCAAGAGACUACAGGUAGUUCAGUCUUCAGCUAGAUAAUAUCAACCACAUACAUCCAACCAGCAUGGGAAUGAUGACUGUAGCCCAAUGGACCCUUGGAAGGAGAGCUGGUUAGAUAAUACUCUGGGCUGUCUGGAGUG